GAAGUGAUAUUGAUGCCGGAAGCAAUAGUGAUGCCCCAAUUUUAGGAAAUGGUGUUAACGUGGAAACUACGGAAAAUAAUGAUAAUUCACCGCAAAGUCGAAACUUUAAAAAACUUAUGGCCAUUCAAUUAACCAAUCCUGUAAUCAUUUAUCUUAUUGCUAUGUUUUUUGUGAUUGUUUAUGGAUCAAUUCGAUAUUCAACAACGUACAUUCCAUUCUAUCAACGAAAUAUUGAGUCAUACGCUGCGCAUUCACUUGUCAAAGUCGGAUGUGUGAUUGGCGCUAACAAUAAUUUUGAAAAUAAAUACUAUGUUGAUCGGACAGAAGAAUUAGCGCGAAAUGGUAGCAAAUUUAUUUUAUGGUCUGAAAGUUUAGCCCUUGUUAAUGACACAGCCCAAUAUAAUGAUCUUGAACUUGGGAUAAACAAUAUAUCUCAAAUGUACAAAACCUAUAUUGGAUUCACUUAUGCUGAUGCAUCAUCAGAUAAUGGAUUAAUAUACAACAAAUUAACCGUAGUGUCACCAGAUGGAAAUAUUUUGAUUAAUUAUGCCAAAGCACAUUUAGUACCUUUUGUAGAAAGUGGUAUAACUGCUGGCCCCAAUAUUUUGCAAACUAGUGCUACUUCAGAUUUUGGUACUAUUGGAGGAGCAAUUUGUUUUGAUUAUAAUUUUCCAAGCUUAAUUAGCCAAUCAUCAAAAAAUAAUGUUGAUUUCAUGGUGCAGCCCUCAGAUACUUGGGUCUCAUUUAAAUUUCGUACAUUACUAAUUACAUUGUUUUCUUCCUCAGGUCCAGUUGCUGGCUAUCAUUUUCGUACCAAUUCGAUAAGACCAAUUGAAAAUGGAUUCACAUUAAUCCGAUGCAAUCAUUAUGGAACCUCUGGAGCUUGGGGACCCUAUGGUCAACCUUACGUGGCAGUAGAAACUGUGGACGAUUUAAUAAUAUCAUUUCAAAUACCUUUACAUAAACGCGUAAAAACGGUUUAUG